AGGCCGGGGCUGAGGAGGGGGCAAACACCAGGUCGGGCGUGCCCGGGGGCCUCGUGCGGCGAUUCUGGGCGAAUUUCGCUUUCGCUUUGGGCCAGGCUGGAGGCGGCGGGGCUGUCCCGAAUGGCACCGGGGGAGUUAAGCCGAAAGCGCAGCAAGCCCCGCAGCCCGCACUCCACGUGUCACCGAGAAGCUGAUGUAGAGAGAGACAGAGAGAGAAAGAAAGCAACAGACCAGAGUCCGGGGAAAGUCCUGCCGCGCCUCCGGGCAAUUAUAAAAAUGUGACCCCCUGGGUCCACUUUCCAACCACCGCCCUCACCUGCUGCGUCCAGCAGUCCGCGUCCAGCUGCUAGCUCCGUGUCCACGCAGUGCCCGCUCAGCAUGCGUCCACCGCGCAGCCUCCUCCUUGUGGCCACCCUGGUCCUCCUCCUACACCACCUCAGUCUGGCCAGGAACCUCCCCACCGCCUCGGCAGGCCCAGCCCCGGUAGGCCCAGAACCAUCCCAGUGCCUCCAACACGCCCAGAACCUGCUGAGGGCUGUGAGCCACACUCUUCAGAAGGCCGUACAAACUCUAGAAUUUUACUCCUGCACUUCUGAAGAGAUUGAUCACGAAGAUAUCACAAAAGAUAAAACGAGCACAGUAGAGGCCUGCUUACCCCAAGAAUUAACCACGGAUGAAAGUUGCCUGGUCUCCAGGGAGAUCUCUUUCACAACAAAUGGGACCUGCCUGGCCUCCAGAAACGCCUCUUUUAUGAUGACCCUGUGCCUCAGUAGUAUCUAUGAGGACUUGAAGAUGUACCAAGUGGAGUUCCAGGCCAUCAGUGCAAAGCUUUUGAUGGAUCCUAAGAGGCAGAUCACUCUGGAUCAAAACAUGCUGGCAGCUAUCGAUGAGCUGAUGCAGGCCCUGAAUUCCAACAGUGAGACGGUGCCACCCAAGCCCUCCCUUGGAGAACUGGAUUUUUACAAGACGAAGAUCAAGCUCUGCAUCCUCCUUCAUGCUUUCCGAAUCCGUGCAGUGACUAUUGAGAGGGUGAUAAGCUAUCUGAACUCUUCCUAAAAAGCUCAGGUCUCUCCCAGCCUUAAAGUCAUUUUCAUAAAAAUUUGAACCGAAGAAAUAUUUACAGGAUGUGCCGGAGGUGGCGGCUUGACCUGGUCCUACCUAAGCUAGUCUUUUUCAUGUUGUUUACAUCCAUCACCCCCCAAAAGUCGAACUGCGACUACUGUAUUUAAAUGAUUCAUUUUAUUGUGUGUACUCACAUUUACUAUGGAUAAGUUAUUUCAGAGUUUUCAUGAGCAAAUUGCUAAGGAGGGAAAUUUUCUACACGGAAUGUGUUUUUUGUUAAUAGAAGAGCAAAAACUUAUAAGCUAUUUCUAUACUAAAGUGUUUGUUGAAACACUCAAGCAUAAUUUAUUUUAAGAUAUUUAUUUAUAUAAUUUUGUGUUCAUGAAG